CGACUCGCAACAACACACCACAAUCACUGGUUCUGACACAUUGCGCCCGUGAUGGAGGACACAUCGAAUCAACCAACAACAUCGAGUGCCCCGCUCCGACAACCCAAGAAGAGAUUCGUCGGACGGCGCACCGCCGACGCCCAAGCACAGAAGGAAGGGUCCAGCGACCACCAGGAUGUCGAGUCGACGAGCAUACAGAAAGCGGCCCCAAGACGCACCCCGCGAACCCUGAACCAAGUCCCGGCGGAGAUCCUCGAAGACGCCGACAUCCAAGCGGCGAUCGCCCUGCUCCCCAAGAACUACUCCUUCGAGAUCCCGAAGACCAUCCACCGAAUCCGCACCUCUGGCGCCAAGCGCGUGGCCCUGCAAUUUCCCGAGGGCCUCCUCAUCUUCGCGACCACGAUCUCGGACAUCCUGACCCAGUUCUGCACCGGGAUCGAGACCCUGAUCAUGGGCGACGUGACGUACGGAGCAUGCUGCAUCGACGACUACACGGCGCGAGCGCUGGGAUGCGACCUACUCGUGCACUACGCGCACAGCUGCCUGAUCCCCGUGGACGUGACGCAGAUCAAGACCCUGUACAUCUUCGUGGACAUCAGCAUCGACACGACGCACCUGGUCGCGACGCUCGAGCGCAACUUCCAGCCGGGCAAAACCGUCGCCAUGGUCGGCACGAUCCAGUUCAACGCGACGCUGCACGGCCUGAAGCCCGUGCUGGAGCGCGCGGGAUUCCGCGUCCUCAUCCCGCAGAUCACGCCGCUCUCCAAGGGCGAGAUCCUGGGCUGCACGUCGCCGACCCUCGCCGCCGCCGAGGUCGACUACCUCCUCUACCUCGGCGACGGCCGCUUCCACCUCGAGUCCGCCAUGAUCCACAACCCGGCCAUCCCCGCCUACCGCUACGACCCCUACGCCCGCGUGCUCUCGCGCGAGAGCUACGAGCACGAGGAGAUGCACACCCUGCGCCGCGACGCGAUCCAGACCGCCCGAUCGGCCAAGAAAUGGGGCAUCAUUCUGGGCGCCCUGGGCCGCCAGGGGAACCCCCACACCAUGGCGAUGAUUGAGAGUCAUCUCCGCGCCAAAAACAUUCCCUUUGUCAAUCUGCUGCUGAGUGAGAUCUUUCCGGGAAAGUUGGGCGCCAUGGCCGAUGUCGAGUGCUGGGUGCAGAUCGCUUGCCCCCGGUUGAGUAUCGACUGGGGGUAUGCGUUCCCGCGGCCGCUGCUGACGCCCUACGAGGCCUUGAUUGCGCUGGGGAUCAGGGAGAGCUGGGACACCGCCAAUGGCGGCGUGUAUCCCAUGGAUUUCUACGCUAAGGAGGGCUUGGGCAGGACGAAGCCGAGCCAGGCGAUGAUCCCCGCUGGGUCGGCUUGAUUUUUGUGCGGUAUCUUCCCAGAUGCCAACACCUAUCCAUAACUCAUGAUGUAUAUGAAUAUUUUCUUGUUGUUCUUUUCUGCAUAUGUUUCCCACGGGUAUAUAGGGGGGGAUCCAACAAACCCAAAAAAGCUUUAUGAUUAUAGAAUUAGAAGAAGGCCAACAUGAUAUCAC